AUGUAUAUACGUGCAGUACGUUUGGGAAUGUCACCUGAUGCACCAAGAGAUCUUACAUCCUUAGAUAAUUAUAUUAAUGACGAAUUAAUACGGAGAUUGGGUGUUGCUAAUGCCAACUAUGCUAAGCUUUCCAAACAAAUUAAUGUGGUCAAAAAGUUACAUAAAAGUGGCUGUAAACCUGCCCGUAAAACUUCUAAAACAAAGAAAAAAAAAUCAAAAAAUAAGUCUAAGAAGAAAAAAUCCAAAAGUGGUCGAGACCAUACAGCUAGAGUAGACGAACAAUCGGAUUCAGAUUCUUCCGAUAAUGAUACUUUUUCGUCGGAGUCUGAGGAUAGUUCUUCUAGCUCUGAGAGUUCAUCUUCUGAAUCAGAGUCUGAGGCUGAGGCUGAUGCUGAAAUUAAUGUUAAUAUAUCUCGGGUAAAAAAAAAGUGAAGAAAGGACAUAGUCCUAUUACCUCCUCACAGAAGAAGAAAUCAAAAACUUGCAAGUCUCAUAAGG